AUGAUUUAUUCCAGAAGGUAUGUCUUGAACAGCACCAGCACAUGGUGGAUGCACCUGAGAGCAGACUCUUCCCCGCAAGGGGGGAGGGAUUUCUUUAUUGCCGAAUAUGACUUGUGCAAGUUUGAGGCAGUUGAGGCAAAUUUGCUUGGAGUCCCUGUGCCAACUCUUUUGGAGACAGGGCGGAUGAAAUUGGUGACCCGAUUGCUCCCGUUGUCUGUCAUAGGCUGUCGAGCUGCAUCGGCCGUGCACAAGGGCCGCAACCUGUUGAAAUCGCUGGCGCUGGACUCUGAAGAUUUGAGGGUUAGCAUUUCCCGGACUAUGACAAUGAUGUUUGAUUUUGGAGCUGAAGCAGGACUUUGGACAUUGCAGGCAGAAGAAGGCAUGGGCCGGCUCUUUUCCAAUUCUCUCCCAAUUGCGGAUGGGGAUCACGCUCUCCAUCAUGUAAUGGAGGAGAUUCCAGUGGCAUUCCCAGAGUGGCAAGAGUUCAAAGAUACUUUGAGUGCAAUGACUAAAGCUUUUGGUUCAUAUCAUCGGUUGGACCGCUUCAGAGAUGUCUGCAUCAACAAAAACCGUUCCGUGCCACAGGAGUUUCGUCGACCGCUGGCUGAUCUGUUCAGGGUGGUUUGCCCGCAGUUUGUAGAGCACCGAUGGCAGUACUUGUACGAGUGUGUUCAAUGGGUACUAUCCCGCAAGGCAGCCCUCCAGUACUUGAAGUUGAAUGACAUUGCACAAAGCGGGGAGAGGGAUAGUGGUGAGAGCGACAAACACCAGCUUUCUUCUAGGCACUUAGAACUUCUGGCAAAUUUGAGCGCGUCCAACGAGCAAUCUUUGCGAUUUUGGACCACUGCAGGGCUCACCGUGAUUUUGGCCACUUGGGGGCACAGGGUUAGUGGAUAUCUACAUUCAUGCCCAUGUCAUCCACUUCCCUCCAACAAAGAUGCGAAUCGAGAUGUUAUGACCAAGCCAGAGGAUGCAUGCUGCCCAAUGGCAGGCAGGAUGGCGGUCGCCCUUGCGUCAGGCUAUGCACAGCAUGCUCUCGACAAUCUCAAGUGCGCGGGGAUCCCAGCAGCUUUGCAAAAUUCCCUGGACGACUUGAAUUCUUUUGGCAAUGAUGGAGGCACACGCCUCAUGAGCAACUUCCAAGCUGCCAAGGGCAGACUGACGUUUAGGAUGACGCAGAGUUUUGGGUAUUGGACACGCCUUCCAUGGGCUUUGCUGAUGAUCAUGCGUCCAUAUGUGGAGACAUUUUCGAGUCCUGAAGAGGUGCACGUGUGCAUGACGCAAUCCAGAACAGCUGCAAAACUACUGGUCCAGAGGCAUGAUUCGACGGACAACAAAGCAGGGCUGGGAGUCAGGAAUGGACCUAUGUUUGGACCCAUGUACGUCGAGUUGAUUGGGUACGCAACUGGGUUAGUAGUCAUGCAAAGAUUGGAGUCGCGCCACAGUUUGUUGAAGAGGUUCUUGGCAUGGCGGCACAAGCAGUACCCGGCCACCCUUUCAGCUGCCAUGCGACGCCGGGAAAACCAAGACUUGGAGGCGCAAACCUUUCAGGACAACCUUCCUGAACUAGUGGGUGCCAUUGGGGAGCUUGAUGCCGGGGAGUGGACAUGCAAAACGCAGUUUCUGGAAAGGGUGACUGGUGCAAGUGCUGUUGCUCUUCACGAUUCACUUGCUGAAGAAAAGAAACAGAAAGAAUCCUUUCACAAUGAACUUGCAAUCAUGGCUGGCCAGAAGCAAAGAGUGUCCACCCAAGAGGCUUCUCUGAUCCCAGCCCCGGCAGCCCCGGUUUCUCAAGAACUUGACUUGCCUCUCAUCCGGGAACAUGCCAAGUCUGUAUUUGAAAAGAACAAGUUCUAUGCUUUGAAGGGUUACCAGUUGCUGGACCCAGCGUGCUGCGUUUUCGAUUUGCGUGUGUAUGGAGAGGUGAAGACUACACGAGCAGUCUCCGAAAAGCUUUUGAGCCUUAUGGUGGAUGAAAUUUCAUCCCCUGGUCCUGACCAAUCUUCAGAUUCAGAAUGUUUGCCUGUCGUGCCAGAAGUGGAAGACGGUUUCCAGCAUCGUGUGAAAGAUGUGGCCGAUCGAUUGGUCCUGGGUGCUACCGUGGAAUCGUUGAAGUCAAACAUGUUGCUUGCACCAGUAGUCAUGUGGAUGGAGCAAGCAGGGGUCAUAGAGCAUGGCCACCUAGCUUCCAACUUUGUUACAUUGACAACCUCCUUGAGUAAGCCGACUUGCUGCCCCAGUUGCGAUUCCCGGCUGGGCAUCAAGCAUUCGUUGGAGCAAGACGGCUGGCGCAAAGUUGAAACUGUUCGAGAAGCAUCGGUGGUUGACAAGUGCUUCAGUCAUGUUGGGCCGUUGGAAUAUUUUCAGCUUUUGAAACACCAUGCAGGGCGCCUCCUAGAGUAUGAGGAGAUGUUUCCAUUCAGGCACUCGCAGGGCAAAGGCUACUACGACUGCUUUCUGGUUUUCUUUCAGAAUCGCCCUGCAGAAGCUUGCAAUCAAAGUUUUCGGUUAUGA